CGAUGUCGGGUGUAUGGAAGGGUUGGGUUGAGGGCCAGCGAAAGAAGUCGUGAGUCGAGUGUCGGGGAGAAGUGAGGCAAGGUGUGGCUAUCGUUAGGGGCUCCGGGGAAGCAAUCAACAGAUGUUUCGGUUCGGCAGCGAGGGUGCAAAACGAAAGGCAGGGGGAAAACUACGAGAGAGCACCAAAACGAAAGCGGUGCAAGAGAAGAGGAACGAAAGACUCGUUGGAUAUGCCCGAGAGGCAAGAGAUGGGAGAGAAGUGUGUUCAGCGAGAGACGGAGGAGCAGAGGUUGUGGAGGUGGAGUGGAGGUGGAGGUUUGUGGUGGAAUGUUCCUCUCUCUCUGUCUCUCUCGACGGGGAAUUCCUCACGACGUGAGGAUACGGGAUACGAAGGACAGGCGAAUCGACGAAUCGACGAUCGCCGGCCACACGGGCUGGCCCCUGGAUGCCGGGCUAAGCUGCAUCUGAACCACCCGCCGUGGCCGCUUUUACGAGGAGGGAGUCACGCUUACGAUGACCUACGAGCGCUACCACAGAACCAGACGAGGCUCAACUGGGCGAACCACAAGAGCGGCGCCCCGUCUUCGCCAGCAGAACCAGCCCAGAGGGACGGGUGCGCUAUUUAUAGAGUAUGUCAUCGGCUCCACCAGCCGCACCAGCCCGGCUCCGUCAACAAUGCAGGGAUGUCGCAGGGGGAGGGAUUCCGAUGGGGGAAAAAAGGGAAUCAAAAAGAAAAGGGACGGGGAGAAAAAAAAAGAAUAAAAAAGAAAGGGACUGGAAAAAAAGGGACUGGAAGAAAAAGCAAAGUUAUAUCUUUGCGGGGCAGAGGGUGCUGCAAACACACAGAUCCCAUCCUCGUCUCGCGGGCUCUGUUGGGUAAACACAGCAACACGUCCUCGCGAUCUGCUCUGGCUAGUAAGUACCGUGCAGCGGACACAGACUAUUGGAGAGAGAUGCGCUAUGCAGGGCCGCCGCCAGAGACAGGUGUUUUGGCCAUGAUGCCCUCGCUGUGGCUGGAGAACAAUGUCAAUGUGCAUGUCAAUGUGCAUGUCCAUAUCCAUGGCCCAUCCAUCCGCGGACAAGAAUAGAAGCGCGCCCCUUCGUAUCGAAAGGAGAAAAAACCGGUGGCGAUACAUGUGCAUCAUAGCGA